UUUUUUUUUUUUUUUAUUUACCAAAUGUUUUAAAAUACAGCUCCUUAUUUAAUCAGAACAGACAACCUGCAAGUCACAGGACGGACAGGAAUAUCACGGUCCAGAGGAGAGAGACAGACGUACAGACAGAGAUGGCAGAGGGUUGCGACCACAGCAGUUGUGAGGCUUUUGAAUAUAAGCUGGUUCUUCACAGGGGUUUCAAAUUGAUAUCUGGAAUCCACUCUCCUGAGGUGGUGGAUCAAAUACAUAACUUUGAGAUUCAAGACUCCGAUGUCUUUGUCAUUACUUACCCAAAAUCAGGCACUAUUUGGUUGCAGCAAAUCCUCAGACUGAUGGAGGUCAAGGGAGAUGUUACUGCGACAAAUGAUCAGCUGAAUUCUGAGUGUAUCCCAUGGAUGGAACUUAUAAAAUCUGAGCAACAGUUUGUUUCUGCCCCUUCUCCUAGGAUCCAUGUCUCUCAUCUACCAUAUAAAUUCAUGCCAUUUGGAUUGAAACAAAAGAAGGGCAAGGUCAUCUACGUAGCCAGAAAUCCAAAGGAUGUUUUGGUGUCUUACUUCCAUUUUCACAAAUAUGCAAAUAUGCUGGAGACCCCAAAAGACUUUGAUGAUUUUUUUGAGAAAUUCAUGAAAGGAAAUGUUUUUGGUGACUGCUGGUUUGAGCAUGUCAAGAGCUGGUGCUCCCACAAAGACGAGAUGAACUUCUUGUAUAUUACAUAUGAGGAGAUGAUCAAGGACUUGCGGUCAGUGGUUGAAAAGAUUGCUUCAUUCUUGGGAAAGAACUUGACACCACAGCAGCUGAAUAAUGUUGUUGAGCAAAGUACCUUCAAAAUUAUGAAGAACAAUCCUCAGGCCAAUUACCAGCAUAUCCCUGACAUUCUGCUGAACCACAAGCUGGGAUCAUUUAUGAGGAAAGGAACUGUUGGUGACUGGAAGACCUGCUUCACCGAGGCACAGAAUGAGAGGUUUGACAAAGUGUACCAACAGAAGAUGAAGGACGUUCCUCUUACCUUCAUUUGGGACAUGAGUGAGCUCAUCACACCAUGAUUUAUUCAGCAGGGUUUGAAAUCAGAAAAAAAAACCCACAACACCCCUAAUUGUUGUGAUUAGUAAUAUAUGCAAUAUUAAGUACAAACCGGUAUCUUAUUUGUUUCCUGUAUUGUAGAAAUGUAAAGUUCAAGGAAGCUUAAGAGACAGAAACCAGACCUAAAUCACUGCUGUCCUCUUUCAGGACACUUUUUUAGCAAUUACCAUUUGAAAUAAGUGUUUGUAUAAAAAUAUUAAAUUAUAAAUCUGUUGCUUGUGCUUUUUCUUUAAUUAAACGAACAACUGUUUCAGCUAAAAGCUAAAUGAAAGAGUUAAAUAUUAAUACAUAUAAUACAAUAAAUUUAAUGUCAAUUAGACACACUGAAGUAGUAUGACUUAUAAGAUUUUAAUACUUCAUUUUUUUUUUUAGCAUCAAUUUAAUGUUGAACCUUUUUGUUAACUGCUUUUAUUGUGUAUAUACAGAGAGCAUGAAUGAUUGGUCACAUCUCUGGAAAACAUCAGCCUUAUGUAAAUCUUGUGUAAAUAAAGCCAUUCAGCAGAAUAA